AUGGAUCUGAUCCCUGCCUGUGAAUGGGCCCUGAUUCCUGUAGGUUUCGACACCAUAGUGGAAGACCUGGUCUCUAUGUCCUCGAAUGUCACUGCAGUGGGAUCACCGGGGAUCUCCGUUGCAACCAGGACCCUCAUCCUGCUCAUCUGUCUGCUGCUGGCUGCAUGGAGCCACGCGGACAAGAACACUGUACCUGGUCCUUCUUUCUGUCUGGGCUUGGGUCCAUUUCUGUCAUAUGUGAGAUUCAUGUGGACUGGUAUAGGCACAGCCAGUAACUACUACAACAAAAAGUAUGGAGACAUUGUCAGAGUGUGGAUCAAUGGAGAGGAGACCCUCAUACUCAGCAGGGCAUCAGCUGUGCACCAUGUACUGAAAAAUGGACAUUAUACUUCCCGUUUUGGGAGCAAGCAAGGACUCAGCUGCAUCGGCAUGAAUGAGAGAGGAAUCAUAUUUAACAACAACAUACCUCAGUGGAAAAAGAUACGCACCUACUUCUCUAGAGCCCUGACAGGUCCGGGCUUGCAGCAGGCGGUGGAGGUCAGCGUGUCCGCCACACAGACUCACCUGGACCGUCUGGACCGUUUGGGUCAUGUGGACGUUCUCAGUUUGCUGCGCUGCACCGUGGUUGACAUCUCCAACAGACUCUUCCUGGGUGUACCUCUUAAUGAGAAAGAGCUGCUUCUGAAGAUACAGAAGUAUUUCGACACAUGGCAGACUGUGCUGAUAAAACCAGACAUUUACUUCAAGUUCGACUGGAUUCACCAGAGACACAAGAAGGCAGCCCAGGAGCUGCAAGAUGCCAUAGAGAGCCUCGUGGAACAGAAGAGAAGGAAUAUGGAGCAGGCAGAUAAACUGGACAACAUCAACUUCACCGCAGAGCUCAUAUUUGCACAGAACCAUGGUGAACUAUCUGCGGAGAAUGUGAGGCAGUGUGUGUUGGAGAUGGUCAUCGCAGCACCAGACACUCUGUCCGUCAGCCUCUUCUUCACACUGCUGCUCCUCAAACAGAACCCAGAUGUGGAGCUGCAGCUGCUGCAGGAGAUAGACACCGUUGUAGGCAAGAGACAGCUCCAGAACAGGGACCUUCAGAAGUUGCAGGUGCUGGAGAGCUUCAUCAACGAGUGCUUGCGCUUUCACCCUGUGGUGGAUUUCACCAUGCGACGAGCCCUCUCUGAUGAUAUCAUAGAUGGUUACCAAGUACCAAAAGGCACAAAUAUUAUUCUGAACACCGGCCGCAUGCACCAGACAGAGUUUUUCCUCAAACCCAAUGAAUUCAGUCUGAAGAACUUUGAGAAAAAUGCUCCUCGUCGUUACUUCCAGCCGUUCGGUUCAGGACCUCGCGCCUGUGUUGGCAAGCACAUCGCCAUGGUGAUGAUGAAAUCCAUCCUGGUGACGCUGCUGUCCCAGUACUCUGUGUGUCCUCACGAAGGCCUGACCCUGGACGGCCUCCAUCAGACCAACAACCUCUCCCAGCAGCCUGUGGAGCAUCAGCAGGAGGCCGAGCAGCUCAGCAUGACAUUCCUACCCCGCCAAAGAGGAAGCUGGCAGACACUCUGAGACGUACACACUGAAUCUAUACCUUUAAACUGUAUAUAUGAUAUCUAUUAUACUUCAUUUAUUAUCAUUACUGUACAAAGCU